CUUCGUGUAAUCUCUAUGGGGGGUCAUUUAAUUCUCGCUGCAUUUCUAAGUUCUUAUCUCUAUCGUUUAUUUGGCGGCGGUGAAACAGUAUCAUUUGUUUAUUUAGAAACUUAUCUUGUUUAAGGAAGAUGUUUAAAUUGUUUGGGAAAACAGAGGUAGCUUAAUUAGCAAUUUAGAAAUGGUUGCCUUGUAAAAAUUUUCUUAUUGCCUCUGGCCGGCUUCUUUGUGCUUAGAUGGAGAGAAGAAAGUCAUUUUUCAUAAAGGAUAUCAUCGACGAUAGUGGGCAGUCAUCAACAACAACACCGUCAACAACAACAGCAACAUCGAAAUGCCAAGAAGAUAGCAUCAUCAUCAGCCAUAAUCUUCUGCCAUACCAUUUUCCUGCAAGUUUCCCUUUUUAUCGUCAACCGAAUUCGAGACCAAUUGAAAGUUAUACUUCCGAUACGUCUUCCGAUGAUAUCGACAUUGAAUAUCAUUCGGACGAGCAGUCCGAAAAAGCAACUCAAAUUUUGCUAAAGGAUAGAAAGAAGAAGCCAAGGAGGAGAAGAACAGCGUUUACACAUGCUCAAUUGCAGUAUUUAGAAAGGAAAUUUCGUUGUCAAAAGUAUUUGAGCGUCGCCGACAGAGCGGAAGUGGCCGAAAAGCUAAAGCUAAGCGAAACGCAAGUGAAAACUUGGUAUCAAAAUCGGAGAACGAAAUGGAAAAGACAAACGUCUCCAGCCGCUCGAGCGGAACAAUUGCGCAAUCAUGUUUGCGAUGAAAAGGACUGUCCAGGAGCAAAGAGACUAGCUACCCAACCUAAUGAUUUGACAUCGUUUUGUUCUCAAUGUCACAUGACUGAGGACAAACAGAUUGAUAUUUACGGUUUUGGCCCAAUGAUAAAUUUGCACAGAGGACAAAUUAGCUAAGUAUUUGCGUUUGUCGAAUUAACUGUUGAUUUACCAUUUCAUUUUUCUCUUCACGUCGCUCGCUCUGUAUCUGUCUCUAUCUCUAUCUCUAUCUCUUUCUCUUUCUCUUUCUCUCUUUCCCUUUGUGCAAGUAUGUCUGUUCGUGUUUGUAUUUGUUUAAUCCAUCUGUCAAAAUUAUCUUGUACUAUAUUUAAAUGAAUGUAAAACAAUUACAAUGUGUUCAUUAUGCAGUAUACUGUAUUAUUAUUAUUAUAUUAUUAGUAUAUAUACAUAUAUAUUUCGAAAUGUAUGGUAUAUAACUAAGUAUGGUUGUCGUGCUCAAUCGACAUAAGUUUUCUUCAUUGUUGUUAUCCUCGGUAAAAGGGAAAAAGAAGGGAAAAGAGUAGAAAGAAACACGGAAAACCAAUAUUUAAUACCUAAAUUAGACUAGACUAUAAACAAGAGAUGGCGCUAGUUUUCAGACAGCAGACUUCUCGAUAGGCAACUGCCUGGGAGGGGGGAAAGUAUGAAUGUAAAACAGUGAUAGCUAACUUAAAGAGAUUUUAGAAAGAAACGUAAAAUUAUUGCUGAGCAAGUUUUUUCCAAGUGAUUCAAGUGAUUUUAUCUGAAAAACUAUACAAAUAUCAGAAUAGAGCAAAACUAUAAAACGAUAAGGGAAUAAGAUUAUGAAAUUUUGGUGUCAU